GCCGCAGACCAAUUUUAUUUUGGAAAACGACGGACGUGAUAGGGUGAAUGCGACUACUCGGCUAGGGACAGUUGGGAGAAGGAUUAACCGCGAUACCGUGAUGGAGGAGGUUGCUGGAAGUUUGGAACCCCAGGCAGAGCCUGAGGCCGAGGAGCCGGAAAAGGUCUAUGGGAAACCUAGGGAAGAGGAGCCUGCCGACAAAGUUUCCGCUGCCAAGAAGAAGUUUAGGUACCAAAUCCCGAUCUUAUCCUUACCUGAGAUAGACGACACCAUUAGCAAGUUACUAGGGACCAUGGUGUCGGUGUCUUUUCAGACUAUGCUGCAUGCUAGCCCUAGGUUGCUCAAAGGGCUUAGACAACUGUUGACCCGGCGGCGAGUAGAAAUAGGCGACAACCCCGAACUACCUGAAGGGGAGAGGGAGGAGGAAGUUCCGCAAGAAGUGGCUAACCUGCAGAGGAGUCGAGGGGACUUGGAGGAUCUCGAGAAGGCCUUUGAAGACAUUCGUUUGAGCUUGCCCGACCGAGAGGGCGGCGAAGUCAUAAGAUCGCUACCCGGGACGAAGCUUAGCUUUCAUGCGCUACCCGUAGGGACAUUGAAAAUCCAGAUCGGGAGUCAUCACACUGACGCAUUAGUAGACGGGGGGGCAGAAAUCACCCUUAUAAGAAGAGAUUUCGCAACGAUCACGGGAUGUACGGUAAACAAGGAAGUAACAGGGAGCAUCUGGGGAACUGGCGGGGAAAUCCCGUUCGCUGGGAAGCCGGAUCCGGCAAAGACCGAUAAGAUAUCACAGUGGCUGAUGCCACAACGCACGACGACGGAGGUAAGCGCAUUCGUAGGCGUAGUCGGCUUUUGGAGGAUCUUCAUUAAGAUUUUUGCCAAGAUUGCUGAGCCUAUCCGGGCUAUGAUAAGGGAAGAAGGAACCAUGAAUUGGACGGAGGAGCGAGAAGGGGCUGUCCAAAGGCUUAAGGACAUAUUGACAUCUGAGACAGUCGCCCUGUCCGCGCCUUGUUUUAAUGACGAAGUGGGACGACCCUUCAUCCUAGAGACGGAUGGAGGACCUUUGGCCGUAGGAGGUGUGUUGAUCCAAAGGGAUGAGGGAGGAAAAGAGAGGCCGAUUAGGUUCGAAAGUAGAUCCCUGAACUCCGCAGAACGGCGGUACUUGCAAUUCAAGAAGGAAGUCCUAACCAUCCUGCAUUGCCUUAAGACCUUCCAGGCCUACCUAUUUGGGAGGCGGUUCAUCUUAAGGAUCGACCUGACGAAUGUCACAGGGACCCUAAAGAAUUACAGACCUAAAGAUCCGACGGUAGGAAGAUGGGUAGGAUUCAUCUGGCAGUUCGAUUACAAGAUCGAACGGAUUGCUGGAAUCCGCAACAAGGCAGAUGGGCUGAGUCGGGUUUGCAUCACCCCCGAAGGGAUGGAGGCUGCAGAACCCAUAGACGCCUUCCUCGAAUACGAAGGAGGAACUCUUGCGGUGGAUAACGAAAUGAUGAGAGGAGAAUGCACAUCGGGAUAACUAUUGAUCCAUACUUUGGAGAAAGGGGCACCUGCCGUAGUAGCAGAACUUAGAGAAGGGCUAGUUACCACUCGAGGACGCAGAGAAGAAAAUGACUCAUGGGGAAGGAUAGUAUGACCGAAAGAGGAACUGAUAGCAAUGACGGUCGAAGGGGGUCGGGAAGCAGUGAUGAGCUUAGUGGAAUCUUGGGGAAGGAAAGAGUUGCAAUGAGUGGUAAAUCAGAUGCAGGAAGGAAAGGAUGGGGACAAGGAAGGAGAUAAGUUUUUCUAUGUCCAAUCAUACGAAGGGCUCUUUCGGGAGAUCGGUUUGUUGUUGGUAGGAAACAAACAACCUACGGAAGU